CACCCGUGAAACACAACCUGAACUGGGACCUCAGUGCUUGCCUCUAUUUCAGCUGAGCCAUCAGAGGAACGAAUUUAAAAAUACUUCAUUUGCUGAUCAUCUGGAAGGCUGUAAAUAAACUACCAUAUUUUCCUCCACGUAAUCUUUCGAAAAGGCCGGACAUACGAUGGAGAAUUAACAUGGUGAGGAAGAAAAAGAUGCAGUUUUUUCAAAUUUGCGGAAACAUGAUGUGGGAUGGAUAAACAGAGAACAACCUCUAAUAUGGCCUCUAAUGACCCUGACCUUCCCUAUCCCCUUGGUGACCCCCAACCUGGUGACCUCAUUGAGAUCUUCAGACCGGCCUAUCAGCACUGGGCUCUCUACCUGGGAGAUGGCUACAUCAUCAACUUGACACCUGUUGAUGAGAGUCAGGCGGCUGCCAUGUCCAGCGUGAAGUCCGUUUUUAGCCGCAAGGCGGUGGUGCGAAUGCAGCUGUUGAAGGAAGUGGUGGGAUCUGACUCGUACCGGGUCAACAACAAGUACGAUGACGACCACACGCCAUUGGCUGUCGAUGAGAUCAUUGAGCGAGCUCAAGUCCUCAUUGGCCAGGAGGUGUCGUAUGACCUUUUGGGUAGCAACUGUGAGCAUUUUGUUACCCUGCUGCGCUACGGGGAGGGUGUGUCUGAGCAGGCCACACGGGCCAUUGGGGCCAUCAGUUUGGUGACAGCUGCAGCCAGUGCCUUCUCUGUGCUGGGGCUGAUCAACACUCGCUCCAGAAACAGGCCCUUCUGAGAGGCAAAACAGCAGCAUCAUCUUGUCACUGCUAGUCAGAAUUUAAAUAGUUCUCUCUGGAAAGAUCUUCUUGAGUUUUAUAAUCCAAAUUGUGCAUUCAGGGGUAAUACAAUAUUGUUAUGAUAUCAGACUGUUAUGCCAUUAACAACAAAGAGAGAUUUGUUAUAAAUGAUAUGGGUUAUAUUUCAGGCUUAAACAAUUCAUCCCCUUCUUGGAUUAAAUGGACUGCAAAUACUGUAAUUGUAUUUUGACACCUUAAUAAUCAACUCAACAGGAGCAGUGAUGGCGGUGACAUUAUUAUUUUAAUUAAACACACAUUAUU